GCUGUGCUGUUUGUCUCCACCCAUCAUACUCAGUAUAUCAUAUCAUGUCUAAACUGAGCGUCAUCUUGUCAGCGCGUUUCCAGCCGGGGAGGAGAACACUUUGGCACUGCUUUGAGUGUAAGAGUCUGCUGUGAUGGGGGAGAGAGGGCUGCUCAUCCUUCUGCUUGCAGGGUUUUGUGUGCCUGCUUACAAUCAGAUCAUUAAACACGUGUUUGUGAAUACUCUGAAGAGCUGGUCUGCAGCUCAGACGUACUGUAGAAUGAAGCACACAGACCUGGCCACUGUGCACAGCCAGGAAGAAACACAGCAGCUCUUAAAUAUUGCAGGAGCUUCUCUCAGUGAUUCUGCCUGGAUCGGGCUGUAUCGUGAUGACACACAGAACUGGCAGUGGUCUAACGGCGAUGAUGUCAUCUACAAAAGCUGGACGGAAGACCUCUUCUGUGCUUCAAUCAGUUUCUUGGGACAGUGGGAGGACAAAGUCUGCUCUGAGACAAAAGCUUUCAUGUGCUACCGAGAGACCAGCAUCAUCACUGAGAGAUACACCCUCAUUCAAGAACUGAAAACCUGGACUGAAGCUCAGCAGUACUGUAGAAAAUACCACACCGACCUCGUCAGUAUAAAGAACGCCAGUGAAAAUGAAGACCUAGUGAAGAAAGCACAGGGCACGUCCUUCUGGAUAGGCCUGUUCAAUGAGCCCUGGAAGUGGUCACACCAGGGGGAUAGCUACACAUUUCACUACUGGAGCAAUGGGGAACCAAACAAUGCGGGAGGCAAUGAUAAAUGUGUGAGGAUGUUCAAGAGUGGCACAUGGGGUGACAAAGACUGCAGCGUUCUGUACCCCUUCUUCUGCUAUGAUGAUCCAACCCCCUCAGACCCUCCUUCAACACGGCUCUCUGAAGGUAUGGAGUUAGAUCCUGCAUUCAGUUGA